AUGUUCCUUCAACGGGGCGGCCUUUUGGCUGUCAUGAAUGGCGAUCCUGUCCGAGCCUGGCCCCUUGAAUCAGUCGACCAGCCUGCUGCCCAUACCCCGUCGAAGAAGAAUGACGUCGUCGAAAAGGCCACAACUCCGGACGUCUUUGUUUCGUCUCCGUCGGAGGGUCUCCUUACCCGUUCACAAAAGAAGCAGUCGUUGUCAGUACGGAUCCAAAAGAUCAUCGCAAAGCAAACCCAUCCGACGAGAAGCAUUUCUUUGAUCAACUUUGAAGAUCUGCCAGAGGAAUUGAAGGCAUACGAGCCGGGCCACUAUCGCCGCAAACGGACUAUUUCGCCAUUGGAAGUCUCAUGCGGAAAGGACCCUGAGGACAUCGCCAUGAAAGAGGCAAGGGUACUGACAGCAGAGGAUGUCAUCUUCAGUGGGUUGAUGACUAUAAGCAAGCUCCGCUCCAACGAGAGCAAGGAAGAGGAAGUUUUGCCUCCUGUUAACCGCUGUCUAUGGACAGUGGUGCGCAAAACUCGUCGUGCAAGGCAGACUCGAUUGGCCGAGAUGUUCCAGUGCAGCUGGACUGAGGAUGAGAAGCUCCAUUUUCACCAUGCCAACUACCAAGAUAUUAAUGAGGAAAAAGACAAGAAAUAA